CUAUUGGUUGCCACAAAAAGAGGGUGAAAAAUGGACCUCUGCGUAAAAAAGAAUGAAGGUCGUCUUUAUAUCGAAGUUGAGUCAGAAAAUGAGGAAAGUGAUGAGGCUUCUUCUUCUUCUUCCAGUUGUGUUGUGGUGCUAGGAGACAAGAUAAAGCAUUUCAGCCACGAGCAUGAAUUAGUGCUUGAUAAUGAGGAGAUUGUUACAAAUGGUGAUAAAAAAUGUUGCGAUGGGUGUGCAUCACCGAUCUUGACUGCCACUUAUAGUUGUCCACGACCAGAGUGUAAUUUCUCCCUUCACAAGGCAUGUGCCCAAAUUGGAGAGGACAAACCACAUUGGGCUUCCCGAGAUCCUGUUCCAGUUAUCAUGGAGUCCCAUUUUGAGUGUCGAUUUUGUAAGUAUGACAGCAGCGGUUUUCGUUCCAUCGGGAAAGGAGUUGAUGGUAAUAGGAGGAAAAUUUGCCACAGAUGUAGUGAGAUCGAUUUCACCACUAAGCAUGAAGCACAUGCUCAGCACUUCCUCUUCUGUGAUGAAGAUCACAAGGGACCAUGUAGCGGCUGCGGUAAGGAAAUGGGUAAUUAUGGUGGUUACAAAUGCACGCUAGCAGAGGAAGAGGAGAAUUGCAAAUUUUUUGCCUUGGACUACAGAUGCCUGACACGACCCCUCACAGCUGAACAUAGGUUCCACCAUCACCCUCUAAAACUCACUUAUGAAGAUCCUUACAAGGAUGAUGAUGGUGAUCCAUUUCAACACAUGUGUGAAAUCUGUGAAGAUAGAAGAGAUCCAAAGCUCUGGUUUUAUCGGUGUGAUGAGUGCGAUUUUGAUGCUCAUCCCGAUUGCGUUCUUGGAGAAUACCCAUUCAUCAAGCGCGGUAAGGAAUUGCUAGCUAUUUCCGCUCAGAAUUUGCUGGGUUGGCUCAUACCAAACCAAAAGGAUGGAGAAGCGGAAAUUUACACAAAGGGAUGCCUUUACUAUUCUUCUGCUAUAAAAUCCAAAUCGAAGAAUCCCACUGGCAUUGGCAAUCUCAUUCGUUUCGGAGGAGCGGGUUCUGAAGCAAGCAUCCAUCUCCAUUUGGAUCAUUGAUGUCCAAGCCAAGGGUGUUCUCACUUCUCAUUCAGAGGAAUGAAGGUGGCGCCUUUCU